AUGGCACACCCGGCUCUCACAUCACACCACGUCAAUUACUUGAUAUGGAGGUACCUUCAAGAAUCAGGCCAUGGCGAGGCUGCUGUGACACUCCAGCGCGCUUGGAAUCGUGAUCCGCAGACUCUACCUUUUGCUCCUUAUAUCCGCACUCAUGCGCUCGUCUCGCUCGAGGGCAAUCCUGUCCCCUUGGAGCCAUCGAACUAUUUCUUUGGCCCGAAACCCUUUGAUCCGGACGCGCUACAAGGUCCAGACGAGACAAGCGUUAGCGCAGACCAACCGCCAGCCUCACCGACAGGCAAGAUUGCGCAGGAUGGGGUCUUGACCAACGGUCAUUCGACCGCUGAUGUUGCCGCUCCGCAGAACGUCAAGGCUUCCCGCAAAGGCGAUCGCGCGGAAGCCAAUGGAGAAGAGGUCCCCAUGGAGAUCGAAUCCACGAACGGCGUUCCGAAUGAGAGCAAACCAGAUAUUACAAAAUCACCAUCAGUGGGAAAAACCGCCAUGGUGGACGGCGACGGGGAUGUGGACAUGGGAAUUCCGCCGGCUUCGCAGGACCAGGAACCAACCGCGGCGCCGAUUUUUACCCUGACCACCGGACACAGCGUUGGCGUUCAGAUCACCCCCGCCAAGGCUGCUGAUCUCAGCCCCAACACCGCCAUUAUCGAUGUGGCUGGUGAUGAUCACGUGACAACCACAAUCUGGCGGCCGCACGACCCUACUGUAGUUGUGGCAGCUGGUGUUACCUUUUGCAGUCUGUAUAAGCUGUCUUCGACCUCAUCACCGGUGCACGAAACGCUCGUUGAAAACAAAGGGGACAAUGUAUGGGUCUCUGCGGUAGCCUGGGACCCCUUUGGCCAGAAAUUGGCCGUCGCUACUUAUAAUGACAUGCGAGGCUCUAUUACCAUGUACGAUGUGAAUGGGAACGCUGUGGAUCUCUUGCCAGAAGUUCCCCGAAUGAUUUCAGGCUUGAAAUGGGCAGAUAGUGGUUCACAAUUGAUUGUCGUCGCCUCCGACAGCAAAAUGUCAGAACUUGUCCUCUGGGACGACUCAUUACGGCCGGAAGUGUUCCCUACUCCUCAGAUAGUUGACGACUCUAUUCUCGAUGUUAGCUGGCUUGGGACCAGCCAGGUUUUCGCGUGCGGAGGCAUAUCGGUUUUCCAAUGUGACGUCAAAUCGAGUAUUCACCUCUCCAAGACAUAUUCUUCUGGCGACCCCGAGCACCCUUGGACUUUCAUUCGCUGUGCAAGCGCCGGUUCAUUGUCUGUGGCAGUUGCAGCAUCCUCCUCUAAUGCCUCGUUUUGGAUUCCAACUCACGACAUGCACUUGAAAGACGUCCACGAUGGCCAUAUCACCGCCAUUCAAUUGAAACCCGAACCGUCCGAGCAGCCAGAUCAGCCGUUGAUUCUUGCCUCAUCAUCAACAGAUGAUACAGUAAAGCUGUGGCACAUAGAUUUACAAAAUCAGAAGUUCAACUGCAUACACCGUUUGUCACUCGGUCAGUCGUUACCAAUCCUUUCUAGCUGUUUCUCGCCCGAUGGAUACGCUCUGGCCGCCGCCAGCAAGGACUCUUUAUCAAUAUGGAAUGCUCAGCGUGGAGGUACUGCCAUGGCUACGUGGAAGUCCCCGAGCGCUGACAACACCGAGUCCGGGGAAGGGGAAGCUCCUGUUGUCAAUGGACGCAAUGGAAACAUGGAGGACGCGCUGGAUUGCUCGCUAAACUGGGACACUGACGGGAAGAAGUUAGCAUUUGGGUUUGGCAAUAAGGAAACUGAUGGAAUUCGCAGCUGGCGAUUAUAA